UGACAUUUCAUGUGUCAGUGUCACUUGAUACUGUGUCAAAUACAUCACCGACCGUACAGUGAACAGAAUCAACAAUUUGCAGAAAAUAAUACGUAACAAGAGAAGACCAAGAUUCGGUGUGAUAUAUGUUUUUAUUUCACUUUAUUCUACUCAUUUAGUAGAUUCAGUAUAGCAAAUAAAUAAUACUAACAAUUUGAUUGUAUCACAAGAUCUUAUCACGAAUCAUAUUGUUGUGGGGACCUUAUGGCGUAGUCGGGCCAUAGUUUAAUUCUGAGUUGCACUGGUUUAAAGUCUGUGGUGAUUUAAUAUUGUGAAACUCUACUAUAUUAUAAUAGAACGAAAAUGUUUUUAAAAUCAAGACAAGUAAUUAAACUAGGCUAUCAAAAUUACUGCCUCCUGAGCAGUAAACUAUACAGCGCUCGAAAGGCAGUUGCAUCUGUUUCAUCAGAAGGAAUUAAUAUAAGCGACAGUUGUGUACAAAGGCUAAAACAGUUGUGUACUAACGAAGACAGUUUCCUGAGAGUGUUAGUGGAGAGUGGUGGCUGCUCUGGAUUUCAAUACAAAUUCGAUUUAGAUACCAAAAUAGCUGGUGAUGACAAAAUAUUCGAAAAAGAUGGUGUCAAAGUAGUUAUAGACGAAACCUCCUUGGAUUUCAUCAAAGGUUCAACUGUAGAUUACCAUACAGAGCUCAUCAGAGCAGCUUUUAGAAUAACACAAAAUCCAAAUGCUGAGUUAGGCUGCUCAUGUGGUGCUAGUUUUUCUGUAAAACUAGAUUAAAUUGUGAAAACUAGAUCAAUGAAUGAAACCUACAACUGUGUUACCAGUGAUUUCAAAAGGUAUGCUCACAAUAUGAGAAACUAAAACCCAUACUGUUUUUUAAUACCUAAAUAAGCUAUACGAAGGCUAUAUGAAAACCAAAAUUGUAGAUUUUGUAUAUAGAUAUUAAAGUUACUUUAUUAUAUGGCUUACAUGUUAAUAAUUUUUU